AUGCAACCGUGGCUUGACAAGAUCCACGAACGUGGUCUCUCUUCCAUCGAGCGCAUGGACAUCGUCGGGAUCUGCAAGCGUCAUCGCGCCGAGUCGGUCAUUAUCCCAGAAGGCAAACGUCAGGGAUGGCCGAUGAAGCUGAAUAAGACCAAGCUAGAGGAGCGUGCGGUCCGCGAUCACGUUUGGAGUCGCAUCGUCCACCUCACGCGCGAACCAGAGGGAAGCUUGCACUUCGAGAAGCUCAAGGAGCGACACUUGCAAAAAGGAAAGAAAGCUUCCAGUGGUGUACUGCAAUUUGAGCAGAUGGAAGGGGAACAGGCUGGGUAUUAUGGCCAGAUCGGAUGGGCCCUAUUCUUUAAAAUCAUUAUGCGCGAUCUAUGCAACACGGCGGAUCGCACCAAGAACGUAUUUGCGAAUGACUCAGAGCUCAACUCUCGAAUCGCGCCUCUGACGCCCAACCAAUUCAUCACGGGCGUGAUGAUACCAGAGCUCUGCUCGCUGCUCAUCGCGCAGGACCUCCAAGCAGCGGGGAAGCCGUGCUCGCUAGCAGAUGCAGACGUGUUGCGGUUAAAGAGCAUUGCGUAUGGCAACGCCAUGUUCCCCCUCCGUGACAAUUCUGAAAGUGCAAGCGACAGCGAUGCCGACUGCGACAAAGGCAAGUCGAUGGCUUCACAGAGGCGCAAGAAGGAGGCAGAAGGGGCGCCUGCCGCUGCUCCGGCUAGCAUGCGCACCACGAGAACGACAGUCAAUGGCGCCCAGCAGGCUAUCAAAAGCAAAAGACGAGUCUCGCGCCACCUGUCCGACAGCACGUCCAGCGAUGAAGCCUGA